GAGCGCUCGAGAUGGCGCGUUGGGUGUUGAAUUCGUGGCUGUUGCUGCUGCUGCUGGUUGCGGCCAGUCAACAGGCUCGGCUGCCGCCAUUGGAGGAUAUGGUGCAGCUGGAAACCAAAGGAUAUCAGGCCUUAUCGGGAUUGAUCGAAACGCGCGAGGAUAACAACAGCGAGGAUAACUAUCGAUUGCCUAACAAUACGGUGCCCGUAGCCUACAAUGUGGAGCUGUGGACACAAGUUCAUAAUGGCACUCGCGACUUUAAUGGCAUUGUCACGAUCGAUCUGCAGGUGAUCGAGACAACCAAUACGAUCACUCUGCAUGCGCGUCAAACUGAAAAUUUUACAGCCAUAAUUCAAAGCAAGGAUUCUGCGGAGAGCGCACCGAUAAGUCUGAAUGUCAGUUAUGAAAGCACACGAGAAUUUCUGACCCUCAAGCCGGUUGACAGCACCAUAAGCUUUGCAAAAGACAGUAACUGGACGCUAAGCAUCAACUAUACGGGUCUGUUGCGCAACGAUAUGGGCGGUUUUUAUAUAUCCAGCUACACGGAUGACAGCAAUGUCGUACACUAUCUGGCCACCACACAGUUCGAGAGCACCAAUGCGCGUCACGCCUUCCCCUGCUAUGAUGAGCCAGCCAAGCGGGCCAACUUUACGAUUACCAUCCAUCACGAUCCCAGCCACAAUGCCAUCAGUAACAUGCCAGUAAAUGAAGCCGAAUCGAGCAACGGCAAAACGGUUUUCCUAACAACACCCAAGAUGUCCACCUAUUUGAUAGCCUUCAUUGUCUCGGAGUUUGAGUCCACAGGCGGCGAGCUAAAUGGCUUACCCCAACGUGUAUUUUCGCGCAAGGGCAAGCAGGAUCAACAGGAGUGGACUCUCUGGUCCGGUCUAGUAGUUGAGGCUAGCUUGGAAAAAUACCUCGGUGUGCCUUUUGCACUACCCAAACUAGAUCAAGCGGGCAUACCGGACUUUUCAGCCGGCGCCAUGGAGAAUUGGGGCCUAGCCACCUAUCGGGAGCAGUACAUGUGGUGGACCAAGGAGACAUCCACGAUUAAUCUCAAAACGAGCAUUACUAAUAUUAUUGGACACGAGUAUGCGCACAUGUGGUUCGGUGAUUUGGUAUCGCUCAAAUGGUGGACCUAUCUCUGGCUCAAAGAGGGUUUCGCCACCCUCUUCUCAUAUGAAUCCAAUGAUAUAGCCUUUCCCGAAUGGAAUACCUAUCAGAUCUUUCAUGUGAGUGACUACAACAGCGCCUUGAUUAAUGAUGCUUCCAUAUCUACGCCCAUGUCGCACUACGUCCAAACACCCAAUGAGAUAUCGGGACGCUAUGGUACCAUAUCCUAUGCCAAGCCAGCCAGUGUGUUGUACAUGUUCAAGAAUGCGUUUACAGAUGCUGUGUUUCGACGUGGCCUAAACAUAUAUCUAACACAAAAUCAAUACAACUCCACGGACGAGUGGAAUUUGUUCGCCUCACUGCAGGAGGCAGCCGAUGAGCUUGGGCACAAGUUACCCGCUGGGGUUCCCGACAUAUUCUCCAGCUGGUCCACACAGGCUGGUUUUCCCUUGCUAACCGUGGAGCGUAACUAUGAGGAUGGCACCUUUACCAUUAAACAGCAACGUUAUCUCAAUGACAAGGAUACUGCAAAUGAGGCCACCUGGCAUGUGCCCAUCAACUGUGCUUCCGCCUCCAAUCCCGAUUACCGCAACACCACCGCCUCCCACUAUUUGCUCAAAGUCAAGGAGCUGACGGUGAGCGAUGUGCAAAUAUCGAAGGAUGAUUGGUUGAUUCUAAAUAAACAAUCCACUGGCUUCUAUCGUAUAUUGUACGAUGAGGAGAACUAUCGGCUAAUUUCGCAAGGCCUAUUGGAGCAGCCCUACGCUUUCCAUACGCGCAAUCGGGCUCAGCUGAUGCACGAUGCGUAUCGCUUCGUGGAUACGGGUCGCCUUAGCCAGGCCACACUGUUUCAGCUGAUGGCAUAUCUGAGAAAUGAGGAUCAGUAUGCGCCCUGGUCCACAGCCAAUAGCAUAUUUACUAUCUACGAUACAUAUCUGCGCGGCGAUGCAAAUUACGAGCAUUUCCGAGAGUUCGUAAUCGAACUGGUCGAGGAUAUCUUCAGUAAGCUGGGCGUCAACGAAAUACCUGGCGAACACUACCUGAACAACUAUCUGCGCGUGACCCUAGUCAGUCUGGCCUGCCAGGUGGGCAGCCCCAAGUGCUACCAACUGUCGCACAAAAAGCUGCAGGACUCCCUAUAUGAUGGUAUUCCCAUCGAGCCCACACUAAAGACACAGGCCUAUUGCGCCGGACUGCGCGAGGCCGAGCAUGCAACCUUUAGUUCAGUUGUUACCAAUCUGCUGAACUCCAAUGAUGCCACCGAUCGCAGCACAUAUAUCUCCGCGCUAGGCUGCGCGCAGGAUGCCGACCAGCUGAAGAGAUUUGUAGCGUACUCCAUCGAUGAUACAAACAAUCUAAGCUAUUCGGAGCGCACCUCCGUGUUGAGUGCUGCCUACACCAGGAGCGAGGCGGGUCUUACGGCUAGCUUGGACUUCUUGGAAGCGAAUUGGAAGGCAUACGGCGACCUGGGCACAGGCAAUCAAAAGCCACUGGACUCAGCAUUGCGCGGCAUUGCCAGCUCGGUGGUUAGCGAGUCGCAAAAGAAUCGCCUUAAUGCGCUGGUGGACACAAUCAGGACCAACGGAGCUGAGUAUCUCGCAGAUAACACAGAGACCGAUGUAGAGGCCAACAUAAAGACCAACUUUGAUUGGUUGGAUGUGCAUCGUGAUCCGGUCAUAAACUGGCUAGUUGCCUAUCGCACCAACGGCAGCAGUACCCUCUCUGCCUCCACUUUCGCCAUACUGACAAUGUUCGUAACUUUGCUUUUACGAGCUCCACUAGUUCAUAUGUACGAGCGAAAAAUUGUCUCGGCUGGGGCGACAAUUUGGCUUAAAAGUGGAAAGCUACCAAGCGCUACCCAGUUGUUGUCCAGUUGUCGUCGCACCGUUGACAACAUGGCUCGCGUUCUUGUCACGAUCUUGGCCCUACUGCUGGUGGUGGCCACCACCGCCCAUGCGGCCGUUGUACGGAAUUUUCCCCCUUUUGAGCAGCUGCAGCAACUAGAGAAUCCCAAUCUGCGUUUAGCACCACGUGCCGACAAUGACACCUAUCGGUUGCCCAACAACACGGAACCUGUGGAAUAUACCGUCGAGCUGCACACGAAUGUGCACACAGGCGACACAGGCUUUAGCGGCACGGUUACCAUAAGCUUAAAAGUUUUAGAGACCAGCACAGUUAUUGUAGUGCAUGCGCGACAGCUGGAGAACUUUACGGCGACCAUACGCAAGGAUGGAGAGACAACUGACACUGUACUGGAAAUCACACACGAUACAGACCGUGAGUUCCUAAAGCUGUCCGCCAAUGAUCUUACCUUUGAGGAGGGCACCAGUUGGCUGUUGACUAUCAAGUAUGAGGGUAAUUUGCGAACGGACAAUGGGGGCUUCUACUUGUCCACGUAUACGGAUGACAAUGGUGCUACCAAAUACUUGGCCACCACACAGUUCGAGAGCACCGAUGCACGUCACGCCUUCCCCUGCUAUGAUGAGCCAGCCAAGCGGGCCAACUUUACGAUUACCAUCCAUCACGAUCCCAGCUACAAUGCCAUCAGCAAUAUGCCAGUGGAUGACUCUAAGACCAGCUCCGGUAUUACUGCUUUCAAGACCUCUGUCAGUAUGCCCACCUAUCUGGUGGCCUUCAUUGUAUCGGAGUUUGUGUACUCGGAGGGUCAACUGAAUGGGUUGCCCCAGCGCGUCUUCUCGCGCAAGGGCACCGAGCAUGAGCAGGAAUGGGCACUGACUACAGGCAUGCUGGUCGAGAAGCGUCUCUCCGGCUAUUUCGGUGUACCUUUUGCUCUACCUAAGCUGGAUCAGGCGGCUAUACCCGACUUUGCAGCUGGUGCCAUGGAGAACUGGGGUCUGGCUACCUAUCGUGAGGAGUAUUUGCUGUACAACGUCGAAAACUCUACUAUUAAUACGCAGACGAACAUUGCUACUGUCGAGGCACAUGAGGAUACACAUAUGUGGUUUGGUGACCUGGUUGCCAUUGAAUGGUGGAGCUAUCUCUGGCUCAAGGAGGGUUUUGCCACGCUAUUCGAGAACCUAGCUACUGAUUUGGCCUAUCCAGAGUGGGAUAUAUUCCAAACCUUCCACGCUGGCUCUUAUCAGAGCGCUCUCAUUGCUGAUGCCAAUCCCAAUGUGCGACCCAUGACGAAUUUUGUGGAGAAACCGUCGGAAAUUUCCCAGCUCUAUGACUCAAUUGCAUAUGCCAAGGCCGGCUCCGUGCUGGACAUGUGGCGUCAUGCGCUGACCAACACCGUGUUCCAGCAAGGUCUUAACAACUAUCUGGUGACCAAGGCCUACUCCGCUGCCAAUGAGACAGAUCUGUUUGAUGCCAUUUCGCUGGCCGCCCGCGAACUGAACUAUGAGGUACCAGCUCUCGUGGGAGACAUGCUCUCCAACUGGACGCGACAGGGUGGUGUCCCACUGAUCACUGUGGAGCGCAACUAUAACGAUGGCUCCUUCACCAUUAAGCAGGAGCAAUAUACCAAUAAUAAGACAUUCACGAGCGAGAAGCUCUGGUAUGUACCUGUGAACUAUGCGGUUGCAUCGAAUCCUGAUUUCCGCAAUACCGAGGCCACACACUAUCUGCUCAAGGUGAAGGAGACGAGCGUUGCCGAUGCUAAGCUGAGCAGCGAUGAUUGGUUGAUCCUGAACAAACAGUCGACAGGCUACUAUCGCAUCAAUUACGAUGAGCGCAACUGGCAGCUGAUUAUUGAGGGCUUGGCCAACCGUUCGCAUAAGAUUCACCCUCGCAAUCGUGCCCAACUGAUCAGCGAUGCAUAUCGUUUCGCUACGAGCAAUCGCUUGUCACAUGCUCUCCUGUUGCAGCUGCUCACCUACCUGCCCCAGGAGAAUCAAUAUGCACCCUGGUCGGCGGCCAAUACCGCGAUUACCCUGUUCAAUCGGUAUCUGAGCAGCGAUGAGGCCUACGAGCAUUUCCAGUUCUAUGUGGCCGCAUUGGUCAGCGAUCAAUUCGACAAAUUUGGCGUGAAUGACAUCAAUGGGGAGCAGCAUUUGGCCAAGUUCACCCGCAACGUGGUCAUCAAUGUGGCCUGUCUGGCGGGUCUGCAGAGCUGUCUGGACGAGACGAACGCCAAGCUGCAAGCGCUGGUCGAUCAGGGCACUCCGAUUGAACCGAAUCUGCAGACGCCCGUAUAUUGCAAUGGCCUCAAGCAGGCCGAGGAUAAGACAUUUAACUUUGUCUAUGACAAAUUGAUGAACUCCAACGAUCAGGCCGAGCGUCGUCUGCUCAUCUCAGCCCUGGGCUGUUCCCAGAACGAGGAUCAGCUGAUGAAGUAUGUGUCCAGCAGCAUUGAUCAGACCAACAAGCUGCGCACCCAGGAGCGCUACACAUUGCUCAGUCCCACCUAUUCCCGUGGUGAGGUGGGUCUGCUCGUCUGCAUUGAUUUCCUGCUCGAGCAUUGGCAGGAGUAUGGCAAUCUGAAUGCUGGCUUUGGUGGUACUAAUCCACUCUACGCUGACAUUGAGAGCAUGGCUGCCUAUGUGGUUACCGAGAGUCAAAAGCAAAAGCUGCAGCUACUGAUUGAUGUUGUCAAAGGCUCUGAAUUUGUACCCGACACAUUGCAGGCCAGCGUGGAUACCACCAUUGCCGCCAACAUGGAGUGGCUGUCGGCCAAUCGGGAGCCCAUCAUUUCCUGGGUAACUGGCUUCCGCAACGGCAGUCCCGCUAUGACCGCAUCUGUGCUAGCUCUAGCACUGUGCCUUUUGGCCGCCAAAUUGUUCUAGGUAUUAUUUUAGGAGCUAUCAAGUUAGCUUAGGGUCUUCCUCGUUUCGCAGUUAUGUAUAUAUACAAAUUCUUUACAUUUCCGUUCGCUAAUAAACAAAAUGGCCACGUCAUUUCCAAAUACUUUA